UGCAGAAACUGGGGAAAACAGUGGAAACGAAAGAUGAACAGUUCGAGCAAAGCACAUACAAUUUUCAACAGCAACAGACAGAAGGCCAGAAACUCUACAAGAACCUGAAGGUUUUCCUCGGUGCUGUGAAAGUGAUGCAUGACAGUUCCAAGAAAGUGGCUGAGACCCUGCAAGAAAUUUACAGUGCUGAGUGGGAUGGGUUUGAAGACUUGAAAGCCAUAGCACAGAGCAAUGACCUUCUGUGGGAAGAUUAUGAGGAGAAGUUGGCAGACCAGGCGGUCAGAACCAUGGAGAACUACUUGACUCAGUUCAAUGAAAUUAAGGAACGAAUUGCUAAGAGAGGACGGAAACUGGUGGAUUAUGAUGGCAGCAGGCAUCACUUGGAAGCUUUGCAGAGUGCCAAAAAGAAAGACGAAGCGAAAAUUGCAAAAGCUGAAGAAGAUUUCUACAAAGCUCAAGCUGUAUUUGAGGAGCUCAACAAAGAACUCAGAGAAGAUUUGCCUGUUCUUUACAACAGUCGAAUCGCAUGCUAUGUGACCAUAUUCCAGAAUAUUUCCAAUUUGCGAGAUAUCUUCUACAAGGAAAUGAGUAAGCUGAACCACGACCUCUAUGACUUGAUGAGCAAACUGGAAAAACAACACUCCAAUAAAGUCUUCAUCAUUAAAGGAGUAUCCAGUAAGAGAAGCUCCCUGGUCAUCUCCUCUCCAGUAAGACCAACCAGCUCCUCUUUCCCGCCUCCGAAGAGCAGCAUAAGUGAAGCCCCAGCAUCUGCCCCGGCUGCUUCCUCCAAUCAUGCGUCAGAGACAGCGUCUACAUCCAGCGAAGCAGAGGAAGAGGACCCUGCAUCUUUGGCCACAACUUUCCAGGACGAGGUGCUGGACGUCGCUGAGCCAGACUCUUCUGCUGUUCGGGAGGCCGACGAUGGCAACCAAGCUGUAGUACUGGAGAAGCCCGUCAGCACUGUCCAAGACACCCCCCAGAAUGUCCAGGCAUUUGCAAAGAACGUAGCAGCAGGGAUUGUAUCAGAGGCCCUGGCUGCAGUGGCCGGCCAGGGCCAAAUCGUUCACAAAGAGCCAGAAGACACCACACGGCCCAUUUCGACCCAUAACCCCGAAACAAGUGACGUUGGUGAGAAAGAAGGAAGUUCUCUCCCCUGUCGAAUCAGUGUCGUUCCAGUUCCACAAAAACAGGAAUCCGAGCUUUCUGAAGAUGCCCAGAUCGAGGAAUCGGAUCGCCAGGAGGAUGAGCCGCCGCCAAGCAACACUCUAGAGAGUCCUGGAAAAAAUCUCCAAGACUCUGAGUCUUCCACCCAAGCUGAAGCAACCCAAGAUGACAUCGCUGGUAACACCAAUGGCGGGCUUACCCCCACUGCACCGAAAACAGGGGCCAUCCGUAAGAUGCUGCCUCAUCUAACAGAGACUGGCGAAUCGAGCGGUCAGCAGUUUGAGAAUGCCGACGAUGAUGUCAGCAGCGAAGGCAGUAUUGAAGAAACAGACUUUUCUCCAAAGGUCAUCAACACUCAGAUUGCUUCGACCUUCUUCUCCGAAGAUGAGAGUCAGAAUGAUAGCAAAUUGCCCAUGGACUUCCUGUUCAAGGCUCAAGCACUCCAAGCUCAUUCGUCAGAUGAAGAGAAUCACCUUCAGUUUGGAAAAGGGGAUAUCAUUCUGGUGCUGUCGGAUGCACAGGCACAGGGUUCGCCACCACUGGCCCACAAAGUGGCUCUAGUUGCUGCCGCCAAUGCAGAGCCAUUUCCAGAGCAAUGGGGAACACACAAGGUGGUUUCCCUGGACUUUCCAUUCCUCAACCCCUCCCCAUAG